AUGGAUAAUUUAAAGGGAUAUGAUUUAUCUCCUGAACAAGCACGUUUUAUGUUUGAAAGUUUUUCUUUUAUAAUAUUCAAGGACUUUCCUGAGGGUAUAGAAGUAGGAAUUGAUUACAAAUCAUUUAUAACAGGGCCAAAAUUUAUGGGGUUUAAAAUGAUUCCACCUGGAUUACAUUUUAUUUAUAUAAGUUAUAAAAAUUCCCCUAGAAUUGGUUUUUUCCAUAAUUUUAUUGAAAAAGAAAUAUUAAUGAAAAAAUGGGAUAAUAUAAAGGAAAAUUUUGAAGAUUGUAUUUUAACAGGAGAAGAGGAAAGUAGAAUCAAAGCUAACAUAAAAAAUAUAGAUAAAAAUCUAGGAGUAUAUCCAUUUGACAAAUUAAAAAACUGGAUUUCAUUAAGUAAUUUUAUAACUAAAGAGAUUACUUACAAAAUUAAUCCAAUAUGUGGAAGAAUCACAUCACAACAAACAUUUAUUACAGAAGAGGAUAGAAUUAAUGAGAAAGGACAAAUUGUUGAUAGAGAAAAUCCUACACGAUUAAGAUUUUGUGAUGAAGAGGGAUUACCUAUUUUUAAUAUGAUUGAAGAAGAGAGGAUAAAAUUUAGUGAAAUACCAAAAGUAACAUUAGAAAAUAUUGAUAAACGUGAUCUAGUUGAUAAUUCUAUUUUACUUGAAAAAUUACUUAAAAAUUAUGGUGAAAAUGGUGUAGAAAAAUUAUUAGGUGAAUUUCAAUACUCAUUUGUUGUUUUUUUACUUGGACAAGUUUAUGAAGGUUUUGAGCAAUGGAAAAGAUUUCUUCAUUUGUUAUCAUCUGUCAAAUCUUCUUUAAAUAAACAACUUCCAUUGUAUGAAAAAUUUUUUAUGGUAUUAUAUUAUCAAAUCACUACAUGUCCAGAUGAUUUUUUUAAUAAUGUUAUUGAACAAAAUAAUUUUAUUAUAUGGACAUUACGUCUUUUUUUUGCAAAUAUUGAAGAUAAUGAUACUUUACCAGUAACUUUCAAGACAAAAUCUCUUAAAAUUCGCCAUUUAUUUGAAAAAAAAUUUAGUUGCUCUUUUGAUUUACCUAAUGAAUAA